AUGAAAUCCAAAAGUGGCCCAUUCAACCGCGACCGAUUCGACAAAUUGGCAACAGUCCUGGGACACCAUAUCUGCACAUCUGAGGAAACUGCUCCCGUGUCCUCAUGGGGUGUUCAAGCCAUGGGGUACCUGCUGUCGUUCACAUUACAACCAGAGAACUUCCUGAGAUGCCUUACUCAGCAGCUGGAGGGAGCUCCGGCUUAUAUUCCGUCGAUCGAUCGGGAGGUAUACUUGGCUAUGCCUGGCAAGCAGAUCGAAGGAUUGUUCAGAAGAAGUAGCAGUCUGGUGCCGACGCCUAGUUUGCUUGAUGCUCUUUCCAUUUUCUUCGGGCUGUCAGGCCGCGAUGUCAAAGCUUUCAGCCAUGGCCAUAUAUCUGCUUACGAGUCCAACAUAGGACUCUACACAACAGACGCGGAUGCCUUUCGGCGCUUCAUGAAGCAUCAAAGGCAAGACUUUGCUGAUCAUCUUCAAGGACGGAACUUGGUCCCUGUUGUGGAGAGAUUCAAGAAGAAUUUGGCAUCUGAGAUUUCCGCAACGACAGAGAUCGGGCAGAACUGGGGCCUCGUUCCUGAUCUCUUCACUUCCUUGUCAAAUCUGAUUCUUACGGCAAAUAUGGAGGCUCUGUACGGAGAACACCUGCUUAAAACUUGUCCAACUUUUCUUCGCGACUUCUGGGCCUUCUACAAAGCAUUCCCGAACAUCUCUAAAGGUCUACCCCGAUGGAUGAUGCCAUCGUCUUACCGGACCCGUGAUGAAAUACUGAAAAGCUUCAGCCGUUGGCGCACCUGGUGCUCUGCAAAUUUUGACUGGAACAACCACGAGCUUCGCGACGUUGAAUACGAGCCUAUCUGGGGUACCCAGUACGUCCGUAAGAUGAUUCAGCGGCACGAGGCUCUCGGGCUCUCCGAAAAUGGAGUGACCGUUGUGAUUCUGGGUUACUUUUUCAUCACGAUGGCAACCACCGUCCCCGCUGCUGUGUGGAUGAUCAUGCACAUCCUACUCGACGAAGGUGUGCUCCGGCAGGUACGGCACCAGAUCGGUCCGGCGUUCCAGUCCACAGGAGCCGGAGAGCGACCGGAUAUCAAGAUGUUGAUGAAAGACCCACUCCUCAACUCCAUCUACUACGAAACACUUAGGCUACGUGUCACGAGUACUGUUGGUCGAACAUCCAUCGACGAAGGGUUGAAUCUCGCUGGAGGCUGGAACGUCAAGGCUGGCGUGCCCAUCAUGUGUACUGGCUCACUUGCGGGACUGGACGAAUCCUUUUGGAACACCGGCCAGCACCUGUCCGCUGACCAGCCUCCGCAUCCUCUGAAAACCUUCUGGGCUGAGCGGUUCCUCGAUCGUCCAGGCAGCACCAGUGUCAGCGGGCCGAUGAAGAAGAAGCGCGUCCAGCCCAUACGAGAUUGUCCACGUAGGCCAGAAAGAGAGGUGGAUUUAGAGCAUGCACGUUUCAACGCCUCUGUUGCUGGCUUGCGCGGUCACUUCUUCCCUUUCGGCGGAGGAUCAUUCCGCUGUCCGGGAGAGACGUUGGCUAAACAGGUUAUCUUUGCGUCAGUCGCGAUACUGCUGCAAAGUUGUGAUUUCAGGCUUCUAGAUCCGGAGGGGGCAAAAAAGCUCGAGUCCAGCCACCGGGAACUGCCUUUUGGCCUGCAUAGUUUUGAUGGCUCUGUUCCGGUCGAGAUUCGUAGGUUAUAG